AAUUUUGGAACAAUUUUCGCUAUUCCGUAAAAACAGUUUGAUGUGAAUGUAUUUGUUUUUAACAUUUUUGUGUGCUUUAUAGACAAGCUUUAAUUGCGACGGAUUUUAGGAUGCUUUUUAACUUUAAUGACAUUAUAUAAUGGUUGUUUGUUACAAUAUAGACUCUCGACUUUGUUUCAUCGUUGUUUUUCAACUUUUUAUAGGAUUAACGUUCAACCAGAAUUGUGAACCAAAGCGCUACGAUCUAACGAAAUACGGAGGACAGAUAUUCAAUGUAACUAGAUCGGGAGCCACGUGCACCGAAAAUAUCUGCGCAAAGGCCACAGCCCAUUUAUAUUGCCUAAAUAAUGGGACCUGUAUAAAUAAUAGAUGUUCCUGUCCUCAAAUUGGAGGGACAGGAGAGUUUUACCUUGGAAUUCAUUGCCAGUAUAAGCAGUCAUAUUGUACAGCUUUACCAGAACAAGACCUUCCUGCCUGUAAGAACGGCGGAAACUGUACGUCAGUCGAUAUAACUGAUGAAAACCAAAGGGGAUAUGUCUGCUCGUGUCCCUCUGGGUUUACUGGUAGCAGAUGUGAAACCGAUAUUAAUGAAUGCUCAAGUAGUCCAUGUUCGUCGAACGGAGAAUGUAAAAACUUAGCUAACAAAUUUAUUUGCAUUUGUCAAGCGGGAUAUACAGGAAGACUAUGCAAUUCCGAAAUAGAUGAAUGUUCAUCAUCACCUUGUUUAAAUGGUACCUGCAAAAAUUUAAUUAACAAGUAUGAAUGCAAUUGUUCUGGAACUGGUUACGAGGGGGAAAAUUGCGAAAAGCUAAUCGAUAAUUGCAAGAGUAACCCCUGUCAAAAUGAGGGACAAUGUAUCAAUGAAAUCAAUAAUUAUAAAUGCAUUUGCAAAAUUGGUUUUAAUGGAAAGAACUGUGAAAUUGAUGUAGACGAAUGCCAAAGCAAUCCCUGCUUCAACAAAGCCAUAUGCCAACAAAAAUCACCCGAAAGUCCACCAGAUGAACGAGCUGGUUUCUCGUGUUCCUGUCUUCCUGGCUUUACAGGGACACUCUGUAAAGAAGAAAUCAACGACUGUAUAAAUCAUAUGUGUUCCGAAAAUGGUCUUUGUGUAGACAAGGUAAACGGUUACGAAUGCGUUUGUAAAAGUGGUUUUACUGGAAGAUAUUGUGAAGAAAAUAUUAAUGAAUGCCUACUCUAUGAACCGUGUCUGAACGGCGGAACUUGUGAGGAUGGCAUAAACGAUUACACUUGCCAUUGUCCAUAUCCAAAUAAGCUAAAUAUGUAUUUUGGUGACAAGAAUUGCUCAACUGAACUUAUUGGAUGCAAAAAUGGGAAUCCCUGCGGAUCUGGCAUAUGUUUACCUUCUUUUAGAGGCGGAAUUGAUGAUUCCUUUGACUGCGACUGUAACAAGGAAACAACUGGUCAAAUUUGCGAACGUUCAGCUGUUGUAUCGUUUGAUGGUGAAUCAGCCUGGAGGACAGAGGGUAGAGGAAAACCAACGGGAAUACCUGCUUCUGGAGUAAAAAUAGAAUUCUGGUUUCGCACUACCAUAACUGGUCGAACAUUAUUUGGUGCACUAUCAUCCGGAUUGUCAGUUAAUCUCCUUUUAAAUGAUUCUUACUCAUUAGUUGGAAAAUUGGGCGAAGUCACAAUUUCUAUUGAUGCCAACAAAAAUAUUGCAAACGGCGUAGAAAAUUUUAUUUCCUUUGAAAUUAGACCGUCCUUUUUAGAACUACAAUUGAUAACUGAUGGAGUAAAUAUAACAACAACGGAACAUUUUCCUAGCAAAAAUGUUGAAAUGAAUGAUAUGACUUUUGGUGGAGCAUGGGAAUGUCCAACGGAAUGCUUCGUUGGUUGUAUGAGUGGUGUUUAUAUUUACCCUAGUGAAAAAGCAGAAAGAGUAAAGAAAUACAUAGAGGCUCCUCAGGGUGCUCAAACUUGUCCACGGAAAGUUCAAUGCAGAAAUGAUACGUGUUUGGGUAGAGGUUUAUGUCAGGAUUUAUGGUUUGACUUUCAAUGCAUUUGUAAUAGACCUUUUGUUGGAAGAAACUGCGAAUUUGAAGUAUCAGCUCUGACUUUUUAUGAUAGUACAUCCAUUCAAUAUCGUAUUGAUAAUUUUAAGGCUUCAAACUUAGAAAUCUCAUUUUAUUUUCGGACAAGAUCAACAAACUUAGAUCUAAUAACUUUGGAGAUAAGUCAAUUUAAUUAUAAUUUUUAUAUGAAUCGUUCAAUUCUUAAUUUCAAUGAGAAAGGCUUAAUUUCAAGAGACUUUGCAGAUGGAAAGAGUCAUUUCAUAACUAUAGCAAUAAGCGACAAUGGAAAGUUAAAUGUUAAAGUGGACAGUUACUUUACAACUGUAGAUAUUUCUCGAAGAGUAUUAAGCAAUAUCUUGAUUAAAAUAAGGCCACAAUCCAAAGUUAGCAUUCAAGAUAUCCGCCUAAACGAAAAGCUACUUCUACUUCAUGAUUCUCCAUUAUUACAAAAAUUUUUCAAUGACUCUUUCAUCCCGGAAACCUCAAGUGGACAAAUUGAAUAUGGCGAAGUAACAGCAGACAAAUGUGACCAAAAUGUUUGCAAUUCAACUAACACAUUAAAUUGUACAAAUAUAUUCUAUGAUGACUACCAUUGUACAUGCAAAAGAGAUUGGACAGGAAAAAUCUGCAACAUCAAUGAUUUUUGUUUUGAAGACCCUUGUAAAGAUAUUCCAGAUACUGCUUGCCAAAACAGGCCAUCUUCUGGAGGAUUUUAUUGUGUAGCUAAUACAACUCUUGAGAAAUCUGUGAUUUUUAAGUAUGAUACUCAAAGACAAUUUGCGCAACUAAAAAAUACUCUACAAAUUGAAUUUCGAAGUCGAACUCCAUCAACUCUUUUUAAAAUGACUAACAGUCAAACAGAAUUUCAGUUAAGGGUAAACUUAGAAGAAAUUAUUCUAAUUUAUCAAUCCGCUCAGUGCGCUUUUAAAAGUUCUCUAUUGGACGGUGAAUGGAGAGAAAUUAAACUUACAUUUAGCGAUAAUGGAAUAACUUAUGAAGGAGAAGUUUGCGAUAGAAUCAAAAAUGAAACAAUACUCAAUAAUCUUGCCAAAGACGAAGCUGAAAUAGUUGUUGGCGAGAAUUAUCAAGGCUGUAUGGGUCAAUUAUAUUUAGGCGAUGAGUUAUUAUCAUGGAUCCAAAAUCAACCUGGAUUAAGUUCCCUGUAUAAAUUAGCUGAUUCAUCAGCAAUAAGUAUGGGUUGCAAUCCUCCAAAUAUGUGUAGUCCAUCCCCAUGCGUUUAUGGAAAAUGUUCAGAUAAUUUUUAUCAGUAUAGCUGCUCAUGUGAGAAUGGUUGGGAGGGACAGAAUUGUUCGAAAGAUAAAAACGAAUGUAAUUCAAAUAUCUGUGAGAACGGAGCAACUUGUUUAAAUCUUCCAGGAAAUUUUCAAUGUACUUGCUCUCCAGGAUAUACUGGAAAGAGGUGUGAAAAUGACAUUGACUAUUGCGAAUUGUAUAAAAAUAAUACGAAUGAGAAGGCCUGCCUCAAUAAUGGAACUUGCACCGAUCUACUUCUAGGUUUCAAUUGUACAUGCCCGAAUGAGAAUGUAACUGGCCAUAGGUGCCAGUAUUCACCGAAAAGUGACUGCAAUACAGUUGAUAUAUGUCGAAAUGGAUCUACUUGUACAUCGACAUUAACUGAUUUCUUUCAAUGGAAGUGUGAAUGUGCUAAUGGUUUCGAAGGCCGUCACUGCGAUCAGGAAAUUGAUUAUUGUCUCAAAUAUAACAAUCCAUGUAAGAACGGAACGUGUGAGAAUGACAAAACUACAUUCAAUUAUACGUGCAACUGCUUUCCUGGAUUUACAUCAGCUCUUUGCGACGAAGAUAUAGACGAAUGUGAAACGAAUCCAUGUAAAAAUGGUGCAAAGUGCAAUAACUUAGUGAACGCCUAUGAAUGUUCAUGUCGUGAAGGAUGGAAAGGCUUCAAUUGUGACGAGGAUAUUAAUGAAUGCGAACAAAACCCUUGUGAAAAUUCAGGAACAUGUACGAAUCUUCCUGGUAACUAUUCUUGCCAAUGCACUCAGUUUUAUCAAGGAGUUAACUGUACUGAGGAUGUUGAUGAAUGCAAGAAUGAAAUCUGCAAAAAUGGAGCGACUUGUGUGAAUUCAAUAGGUUCUUAUAAAUGUAAUUGCGCUGCAGGAUGGACAUCCACAAACUGCGACGAAAAUAUUGACGAAUGCUUAAUAAAUCCCUGUCAAAAUGGAGGGACAUGUAUUGACGGUUUGAACGAGUAUACAUGUAACUGUACUGCAACUGGUUACAUGGGAAAGAAUUGCACUAGAGAUGUAAAUGAAUGUCUUACUAGUGGGUUUUGCAGUAAUGGAGGAACAUGUAGCAACAUAAUAGGAAGUUAUAAUUGUACCUGUACUGCUGAUUAUAUGGGACCUAAAUGCCAAAUACGGAAUCCUUGCGCUGAUGAAAAUUGUAAUGGAAAUGGAAACUGUACACCUGUUGAUGCCAUUCCUAAAUGCAAUUGUUUUGAAGGCUGGGAAGGAAAUAAAUGCCAAACUAAGGUGAGUAGAUUAAAUAUUAUCCUUAUUGCCCAAUAUCUCAAAAAUAUAACAGCAAAACUAUCGUCCAGAUUAGAUAUUAAAUUAAUUAUGUUAAGAUAUUAAUUUCAAUAUCAUAAAGGUUUUUCAGUUAAAAAAAAGUAUCUAUUUUAUAAAAAUUCUUGCACAGCUUCGAGAGGUUUCAACCAAGGCGACCGAUGAAAAUGUUGGCCUAAUCGCAGGCUUGUCGGUCGUUUCUAUUCUACUAUGCCUGAUUGCACUAUGUAUGAUUUUUAUAUAUUUUAUGAGUUUAAAUUGUUUCUUUUUGGAAAGAAACAGUAUGUUUUACUAUUUUACUAGAAGACUAGCUUUACUAUCGUGCUAACAUGUAUUAUUCAGAAUUCCUUGCUUCAUAUGUUCAAACCUUGAAAUUUUUGCUAACAGUUGUUAAUAUUAGUUAAAAUUAACACUUACGUUUACCUACAGAAAUCUGAUGGUCCUAAAAUUUCUAUAAUAUUGGGAUCAGUUUUUGGUGUUUUGUGCCUUAUACUAUUAAUUGGUAAUCAUGCUUUUUUUAUUGUUUUAUAUAUUUAACGACCUAGUAGUAAAUUAAUCUCAUAUUAAAAAGUCUGUAUUAAAUAUAGUAAAUAAAACUGUAUUGAUUUGAGCAUACCAUACAUAUAUUAAAAAUUGUUUUUCUCAUUUUUAACAGUGACUAUUAUAUUGAUCCUGAUUGCACGUAAGAAAAGAGCAGACAGAGGCGUGUAUAGCCCUUCAAAACAGGAAGUUAAUGGUUCAAGAGUUGAUAUGAAUAAUGUACUGAAACCUCCCCCCGAAGAAAGACUGAUCUAAAUCAACGUUCUAACAUGUUCUGUUAUUUUUUUUCUUCUUCUAAUUUCGUCUCUACCACUACCAAUUGUUAAAGUUUUUUUGAUUUUUGUUUUUUAUUAUUUCGCAAUCAAAUGUUAAAGAUAUUAUCGAAAUCGUGCAAAGGUGAUUGCAAGAAAUAGGAAAAUUUGGGGAAACAAAAAAAAACAUAUCAUGCUUUUAUAUUUUAACGUACAUAUCAAAAGAGAAAGAAUUUUUGUAUAUUGUAUUUGUUUAAAUGUUUUAUAGAUUUUGUUAAGAGCAUUUUUAUUGGCAACGACAUAUGGUGCUAUCUUAAAGCGAUAAUUAAUAAUGUAGGCUAAUUUCUUUUUUUAAAAAAAUUGUCUACAUAUCUCAUUCUGUACUCAAAGCUCUAGAUGUAUUUAUAAAUAACCUUACAAAAAUAUGUUUUAAAAAAAAAAUAUAAUAAAAAUGUUAACUAAAUCAAUUUGUUCCUUCGUAACAAAUUCCUCCUUCUUGACAAGCUUGGCAAAGGCUGGAAUUGUGUUGCUGUCUCGGUUUUCCAGCUCGUCUGUCCAAUCUUAAGAUUGAUUGGGUAAAACCAUAAUAUAUUUGACCGACCCGUUGAUGAAUAUUCUGAAGCACCUGUAACGGAUAUAGACAUUUAGUAUUUAUCGUUUGAAUACCUUGUAAUAGGCUUAGGGAGGGGAUUAUUUAAAGCUUGCUAAAAAUGAAUUAUUCAGUGAAUAUUCAACUAUGUCCCUUAGGGCUUAUCAAUAGGUAUGGAAGUCAAAAUAUUUCUUUUAUCAUUCAAUUCAAACUUAUAUUACAAAAAGUUAGAUGCUUAGAUUUAUUUAAUAGAAAGUUUGUUUCGAUAAGAAAAGUCAAAUAUUGAAUAGCAAUAAAAAUCACAUUAAGACAGUAUAUAAAAGCAACUAUGACAUCGUUCAAAUAAAUCCUUAAACACUGAUAAAAUGACCCUGCAAAUAUUUAGGUUCAUCGUCUGAGAAUUAUUCUGAUCCCUAUACUAAUUUAUAUUAUUAUGAUUCAAAAAGGAACAAUAAAUUCUUUUAUCUUUUCUUUAGGUAUUUAAUCCUAUACAACUCAAUAUGCUUUCUGCGGAGAGGCGAUAACAAACUGCAUUAUUAUUAAUUUCACACAAUACGAAUCGAAGACGGAAAUGUUUUCACAUAAAACUACACGUUAAAGAAUCUUUAAUACUAAACGUAUCUACAAUAGGAUACGCUAUAGGUGUUCAACGGUGUGCACCCCCGCCUGACCUUCAAAAAGAACGCCCACCCUUUCUAUCCCAGUCAAUAUCUCAAAGUAAACAAACGACUGAAACGUAUGAGAUUCUCAUCACAAAAUUUAAAAAAGUUAAUAAUUCCACUCUCUUAAAACAACCGUCCAAAUCUCAUUCUCAAAUAAAAACUGUCAUUAAAUCAGCCUAUUCUUUUAUUCACUUUUUAUGUCGUAAUAUCUUCUUUUCUCCUCUCUGUCACCUUUCUACAGUUAAGUAAAAACAAGAAAUAAUCUAGUGAUUAUAGUCUAAUCUCUAACUCAUCCAACAAACAGGGAAUAAAGAAAAUCAUUUAGAAGAGCUAUUUAUCAUUCAUCUAACAGAAAGAAUAAAGAAAUUAUCUAUCCUAUCUAAAUCGACUUGUAUGAUCUACAAUCCUAUUAUUUACUCUUAUAACAGCUAUUUCUUGUUUACUCUUAUACGUAUUUCCGUGAAACUUCUUUUUAAAGAAUUAUUUGUUAUUUUCUCUAUCAUACAAAUCUUUUCCCUUUAAAGAUACUCAAUAUUUAUUUCAUUCUCUUCUUUUACUAUUCAAAACAACAUUUAUUUUCGUCUAAAAUUUAAUGUUGACCUUACAACAAACCUUUUCUAUUAUCCUAGUCGCGUAUUUUAAGUUUUCCCUUGUUAUAAUAAACCGUAGAGAAAGUCCUCGUCUUUUAUUUGAAAAUGGCCUUCUAUAACUGCUAUCUCUUUCACUCUCUCUCUCUCUCUCUCCCUCUUUGAUAUAAAAACACCAACAGUGGAAGAGAAGUAUCAAACUAAAAAGAAUUAUCUAAUCUCUAAAUUUAUCAUGAAACAUUGCGUAACAUUUGCAAUUUGGUGUCGUCUUCUUCGUAAUUGAUAUAAUUAAUGUAACUAAAUCGAAGAAAAGACAAACAUGCUAAUAAUUUAGGGACGUUAAAAAUUUUUAACCCUUCUUUCUAUAUAGCGACGAGCAAACAACACUCUUUUUAAAUAUAUUUAGAAACAUUUAUAUCAACAUUCUAAAGGCAUAAGCCUUUGAUGUUAACCGCACAAGUUGGUUUUAACGAAAGAUUGUUAUUAAGACAGAUCAACCUGUUACUCUUAGUUUACUGUUUGAUUUAGGUAUAAAUUUAACAUGCUGACAGGCACUUGAAGGAGAUUUUAAAAACAUGGGUCUACGAACCUUUUGAACCUCCUCUGGAUA